AUGCUGUUGAUGAGGACGAGAGAAAGACUGGUAGAUGGGUUGGGAGACUGGUUUAUAUGUUUUCUUGAUGCUUCUCUUGAAGACUGCUUUUUUGGGAUAAGGUAUGUUGGGUUUAGGUCAGAUGGCGUAUGUAGGUUGUGUGAUUUGAGCAUGUCAUCAUCGCGGGGUGGGAAGUUCAUGAACAGACAGGGGGAGUUGGUUCGUUGGUUUGGUGUGCGGGAUCAGGGCCCCCGGAAGGAAUGA